UCCAUCCCAGGGCAGACCCAAGGGGUGACUUACAGUAGGUACUUAACCAGGCAGCCUCUUAGCCUGACCGACAGCCUGCCACGCGCCCGCCCGCCGCAUCCACCUGCCGCGCAGAGGCUGAGAGCGACAGCGACAGGUGAACAAUGCACAAUGCGCCGCGUCGCGCUGGCCUGGCCUACCUAUCCUCCAAUUAAACCAGACCACCUCUUUUUCCGUUGGCUUCACAACAUCUUCACGUCAUUUACAAUACCCCAUUCAAGCUCCUUUGUAUCAUCUCUUUGCAUCCGUAAACUUUACCUGAUAUACCCAAGGAGACCCAUACGAGCGGGUACUUAGGUAUCAACACCUUAUCCCUCCCUGCUCUACGGCGCCACGUACAGAACAGACAGACAUCCUGAUUGCUUGGACACGAUGGUCCUGUUGUCAGAUUCCUCCUCGGGUAUAAGCGAGCUGUCGUCCGAUGAGUCGGAAGAGGUUGAGAACGAUUACGAAGAUGCCAACACCAUCGACGAACCUACUUUGCCUCCUUCAAAGCGACAGAAACUCGGAGACGGGUCUCGGGCAUCCUCUUCGCUCCAUAUAGACCCAGAACCUGAGCCCGAACCAGACCAGGAACACGAUCUUGACGAUGGCGACAUCUCUUCCGACACAUCGGGCGAUGUGCCCAACUCCCCUAUCAAUGCCAAAUUAGACGAAGACGAAUUCCAGGAGCAAGUUACUAUUUGUGCGUGGGACAAUUGCCGUGCUGGUGAUUUGGGCAACAUGGACAAAUUAGUGGAGCAUAUACACAACGACCAUAUUGAGAGUCGCCAGAAAAAAUACACGUGUGAAUGGAUUGGCUGCUCCAGAAAGAGUUUGCCCCAUGCUAGCGGCUAUGCGCUUAAGGCACACAUGCGUAGCCAUACGCGCGAGAAGCCCUUCUACUGCUAUCUUCCCGAGUGUGAUCGCGCGUUCACGAGAUCAGAUGCAUUGGCAAAGCACAUGCGGACAGUGCAUGAAACCGAAGCCUUACGGCCUUCUGACCCGGUACCAAAGUCGAUGCAGCACGGUAGUGAGAAGAAGGGAAACAAACUCAAGAUUAUAAUCAAGACACCGCAAUCGCAUUCAACGGGCCAAGACGACGCUGUCGAUGACGGUGACAACAGCGAUGAAAUCACCCCUGAUUUCUUUACCCCAUUAACAGAGCAACAAGGCUUCAGCAGCAGAGAGCUUGCUAUGGAUAUGGAUUCCCUAUGGCGACUCUGCGUCGCCAAUAUCAAGUGGGCCACUCAGGAAGGUGAAGAACUACGAGAGGAGUGCAAAGAACUUGAAGAGAUAUAUCGCCAAGAGUGGCUUGAGAAGGAAGCUCUGGUUGACCAGGCCGUACAGAUAGAGGAAGAUUGGUGGCAACGGCGAAAAGCAGUGCUUGCUGCUGAAGCUGAACCCCAGGCGCAAAAUGACGAGGUUGCCGAGGACGACAGCAACGACGCCAUUGACUCCUUACACGAGGAUCGACCACCUCGCACUAGCCAACCGGUAUAGAAAGCAUUGGCAUAUGAGGUGUUAGUAGCAGACGAAGAUUAUAAUACCCAUAGACGCUACAUCGUUCAAAUCCGCCGUGGUCACCGGGAAGGUGCCGGGUAACAAGCCAGCAGAGAGGUAAUAGUUACGCGGCGAUGAACAGAGAAUUACAGCGAAAAAUGAUUCAUGAAUCGUGGUGGAUAGCCAGGGAGAUUUUAGUUCUCCUCCACGGCAUGUUACGAACAAGGUUCAACAUCCAUCAGGAACUACGCUUUGGGUCCGCAACUGCGGUCUCUAGCUGUGAGAACGCAAAUUUUUAUAAGAUUUCAUAUGUACAAGCACCAACGACUCUGUACCUUAAUGGGAUUAAUGAACCCGGAAUGGGAUACGGCGCAUGGGUGAGAGGGGAGGCUCAAGUGCGUUAGUAGUUUAUUCAAAUACUGCUCAUGUGUUUGUUGAAUUAAUAGGACAAGAGAGUAUCUCAGGUGCUUUGAUACAGACCUUUUAUCCCGGUGUGAGUAAAAACCGAUGCACC